GGUUUUGCACAUGGAGUAAAUAUUUAGGCUUGGCAUCGAAGCCUGAGACUGAUAAUCAUUGAAGAGUUCAAACUUGCAACCUCACACUCCCUUUCGACGACCCCUGCCAUUCUUGUUAUCUCUGACUCCUCUACCUCAUUUAGGCUUUAAGUAUCAAGGCCCAAAAUGAAUUCCUUUAGAUGGCUCAGACCAGCAGCCCGGCAAUUAUCCCUCGCGACGACUAGAAACUACUCGAAUCGGCCGAGUCUAACUCCGCCGCGGGGAUGGACACCCACUCCUUUCGUGACUGAGACUGUGGGAGGUGGCUGGCAUACAUAUGAUAUCUUCUCCCGGUUACUUAAGGAGCGCAUAGUCUGCCUCAAUGGCGAAGUCGACGAAACCCUCUCCGCAUCCAUCGUUGCCCAGCUUCUCUUUCUCGAAGCUGAUAACCCGGAGAAGCCAAUCCAUCUCUACAUAAACUCACCGGGAGGAUCAGUAACAGCAGGCCUCGCCGUCUACGACACAAUGACCUACAUUUCCGCCCCCGUCAGCACCAUUUGCGUCGGUCAAGCAGCCUCCAUGGGCUCCCUACUCCUUUGCGGCGGCCACCCGGGCAAACGAUACUGCCUCCCCCACUCCUCCGUAAUGGUCCACCAGCCCUCCGGCGGCUACUUUGGGCAAGCAACGGACAUCGCCAUCCAUGCCAAAGAGAUCCUCCGCGUCCGCCGCCAACUCAACGAGAUCUAUAAGUUGCAUUUGACCAAGGAGAUGUCGCUGGAUGAAAUUGAGAAGUGGAUGGAGAGGGAUUACUUCAUGGGGGCGCGGGAGGCGUUGGAGAUGGGGAUUGUAGAUGAGAUUUUGGAUCGGAGGAUAAAGCCCAAGACGGAGGAUGGGGGGAAGAGUGGUGGUGGUAACGAAGGUGGGAGUUCGUAGUAUUUUGUUUCUGAUUUCGUCUGUGUCUGCUUGUGUUGUAUGAAUAUGUUCUGGGUUAUGUUACGUUUAGGCUUGUUUGUGCUAUUUGUUUGAUAGAUGGUAUUUGUGUGUUUCGUGUUUGCGACCUUAGAUCCCUGCCCGAAUUCUUAUACCAGUCUUCCAUAUUUCGUUCCAUGUUGUUUUCUGUUCCUGACAGUAGAUGGUAACGUGACGGGCACAAUUCACGAUGUGCAUGUGCAGUAAAUGUACAAUAUGAUAUAGACGAAAAGGAUUAAUGGCGUUAGCGAUAUAUACAUGGUACAGAAUUAUGAAUAGAGAAAGGUUCAAAAGUACGCUUCGUUAGUAAUAAAGGGAAAUAAAAGGAUGAGUAUGUCCAACCGG